AUGGAUCUAUGCUGGCAGCUUGGUGUCGCGUCGAAAGGUAACCUGGCGGGCUUCAAUUACCCAGCACCAACCGCUGUCACUGCGUCAUUUGACUUUCAAGAUCAAAAUGUUAGCAAGAAGCGGCGAUGGAGAGGAAAGACUUCAAAAGCCACGGGAGAUCGCCAUUUCCGGUUCGUGGAGGGCAAUUCGACCGAUAAAUCGACUCGCAAAUCAAAGAACACCCCAAAACCGAAAUCCGUACCGUCAAACAGCGGCACGACAAAGCGAAGCGAAGAGGAACCCGACUUCCAACUCACUUUCGAGCCACCAGGCGUUUCGACUGUUUCGUUAUCAUUACUGAGAUCCCCCUCCCCCAAUGCCAAUGAAGUCAUCGCAGGUGAACAUGAUGAUUGCGUGAACACCUUGAAUGAAUUACCUAAAAUAUUCUCGUCAAACGAUAACCAGACAUGUUUAGAUUAUGAGGCUUUUGACGCCCCAAGAAUCUACUCAGCAGAAGAUACCAACGAGGAAGCCAGUGCUAGUAAUAAUUACUCUCAAAUAUCGAUACCCGCGAAAGUGCAAUCCUUCAGCUCAGAUCAAUGUUAUCACGACAUUCUAUCUUGCUAUGAUCGGUAUAUCUGCGCCAUUCCACUAACUGUGGAUUGUUUCUUAAAUCCUUUCCGAGUUUCCGAUCGGACCUAUAUGGUGUCACAGCAUCUCCUCCACGCCAUUAUGGCCACUUCACUAUUUCAUCUAAAUCGCCACAAUGAAAGCAGUGAUAGUAUCAUGUUAGUUGAUUCCCACCGGUCAGAGUCUCUAGGGCUUUAUUCGAUGGCACUCGGCAGUCCCAUCUGGCAAGACAAAGCGGUUACAUUCCUGGACACAGCGCUCCUUCUGAUGUACUUGGAUUCUGCUCAAUCCGCUCUAGGGCUCUACCAUAUUCACCUUCAAGGUGUUCGAAGCAUAAUAGAAAGUUGUGGGGGCGGAUCGAUGCUCAUUCCCAACAAUUCUAAGCUGAGAGCCGAACUUGCCAUGUUCAUAUGGUACGAUGCUACAAUAGCUUUGCUGGCACGCGAAGAACUCGUAUUGCCUUUAUCAUAUCUCGAAUGCAUUCUUUGUCAUGGACAAUCUGAUGGGUGGAGCUAUUUGGAGUUGACCGGCUGCCUUGAAGAAUUCGUGGUCAUAAUGGCCAAAAUCGCAAGCCUGGCACAACAACACAAACUUGCGCUGGAAAAGGAGAAUCUUCACUUCGACAUCAGCGCAGUAGAUGAAGUCAAAUGGACUUUAUGCAGUAUCACGUCACCGUAUCCCACGUUUCACGCGGACUUUGACGAGGAAGCGCUUGAUUUACUUCGAGAUCGCUAUCACUGCACCGAGGCUUGGCGAAAUGCUCUUCUGAUUUAUAUCGAAAGGGUAUUCCGCUGGACUCGGGGAGAGCCCGCACCUCCAAAUGCGAAAUACAUUGCUCGCAGUAUUAUGGAACAUGCGAGAUGUAUACGAAGAGAGAACAACUUUCAGAAACAAAUUCUCUUGCCUUUGUUUCUCGCUGGUGCAGAGAUCAGACGAGAAGAAGAUCGAGAUUUUGUGAGAGAUUAUUGUUUGCGGUGGACUAAGCUAUGUGGUUCUAAGAUGUUCAUCGAUGCUUCUGACUUCUGUGAGGAGAUUUGGGAGCGAACAGACAAAGAAGAUUCUCAGGGCAUAUGGUGGGGAACCGUCAUUGACAAGAGAUGCUCAGGGUCAAAGCUUCCGAUCCGGCCUCAAAUCCUGCUCGGUUGA